AUGCAAGCCAUUCGCCUCCAUCCUGCUUCGCCCAAAUCGACCCCCUAUUCACCAUCCAACCCGGCGCCAUCCACCGCCCUCCAGCUGGACCAUCAUGUCCCUAUCCCCGUGCCGUCCGCACCGGGGGAGCUUCUCAUCCGCGUCAAAGCCACAACCGUUAUUCGCGACAUGCUCACCUGGCCCGAAACCUACGCGCACCCAUACGCCAUUCCGGGAAACGACGUCGCCGGCAUCGUGACGGAGGUCUUCUCGUCAGCGAGUAACUUCAAGCCCGGCGACGAGGUCUUCGGCAUGGCAAGCACAGACCGCGCCGCCACGUGGGCCGAAUAUACCAUUGUCAAAGAGGACGAGGUAGCCCUGAAACCAGCCACAUUGACGUUCGCCCAGGCCGCGGCAUUGCCUCUCAGCGCGCAAACCGCCUACGAGGCCCUCUUCGAGCACGCGCGGAUCCCCUGUCCCACGGUAGAGGAGUUCAUGGCCCGGUCUGCGACGGGAAAGGACCACCGCGUGCUGAUUACCGGCGCUGCAGGUGCGGUGGGCGUAUAUCUCGUGCAGCUUGCGGCCGCAGCGGGGGUGCGAGUCGUCGCCGCUAGCAGUUCCAAUGCGCGCAAUGGAGACUUUCUCCGGGACCUGGGGGCCGACGAGGUCGUGGAGUAUAGUAUGCUGGACGGGCAUGGGCAAUUCGAGGUCAUUAUUGAUGUGGUUGGCGGGGAGGUGUUGGCGAAGUGUUGGGAUUACGUUGCGGAGACCGGAACGUUAGUUUCGGUGGACUCGGCGAGCUUCAACUUCGUGGAGGAGCAUGAGAAGCGUGGGCUGCGGAAGGUCGGGGUGCACGCUCUGUUCUUCAUCGUCGAGGGCAGCCCGAAUGCGUUGCGCUAUAUUGCUGAACUGGCGGGUGCCGGGGCCGUCCGGCCUUUCGUGGCAGAUGUAUACCCCCUUGCCAGGGCACGGGAGGCGUAUGAUCGUGCGAAUGGGAGGUUGUCUGCGCGUGGAAAGGUCAUUCUUGUUGUUUGA